ACUAGACGGGUUGUGGUUUGAAUAGACUCAAGGCGACUAUAAAACGGCUUUCUUGCCCAUUGUGUUGAUGUAGUCAAGAAAUAUACCAUAACGUACAGAGACGGAGAUGAAGGAGUGAGGCGGGACCGGUUUGUGUGGCUCAUAAGAAUCAUUCGUCUUGCAGCUCGCAAACAAACUUUGUGUGAAGAGCGCGCGGAGAUUGAUUUGUGGCCGAUGUCAUCCCUCUGAAACUUUAACUCUUGCAUUUUAGACGCAACGUCGCAUACUGUAGGCUAUAUAUGCCUUACGUUAUUUUAAUGGCAGUUCAGAUAUUUGUUUUGUGAGUCGUAUAUCUAUCCUCUCAGUCUCCACUAGUCAAAAACAUUUACUUUCAAGAUAAGCGGUACAAUAUUAGGAGAAAUAUUUCGCUCGCUGUAUCGUUGACGCGGUUGAAAUGGGCGCGUGUGACGGGCGCUCGGUGGAGCGGAGAUCUUUCCUCCUGUGGGCUCCCCUGCUGCUGCUGAUACUGGGACUGACGUGCGUUCAGGGGACAUGGGGACCCGGAGUUUACAAAUACCAGACCGGUACAGCACUCAACAAAGAUCAGUCGAAAAGGAACUGGUGUCCACAGACAGUGACUAAGACAGUGACUUGUCAAGUGCAGAAUGGCACCACUCUUCAGAGAGUGUACCAGACCUGUAGGUGGCCUCAAGGCUGCAAUGGAGGAAGCUACCGCACUGUGGUCCGUCCAUCCUAUAAAGUUGUGUACCGCACCAUCACCUCUCUGGAGUGGAAAUGUUGCCCGGGAUACAGCGGAUCUCAGUGUGAGGAAGGGUCAUCAAGUAACCUGGUUGCCCAGGAGGCUGUAAGAAAACACGCUUCACUUUUGAAACCUGCUGUUAGAACAGGAGAGCAACUCUCUAACUGUCUGAACUGCAGUCGUAUCACUGCCCUCACAGAUCGUGUGAGCUCUCUGGAGGCCAAGGUUCAGCUUCUUACUGCCCCUUCCUCUACCUCUCAUAAACACACGCAGUUGAAAAAUGGACCUGAAUCCUCCUCUCUGAUGGGGGCAUCACCUGCCAAAGGUGCUCCUGGGGCUCAGGGUCCCGCAGGUCCACAGGGCGAGAAAGGCAGGGAUGGCUUAGCUGGUAAAGAUGGUAAACCAGGGUCUCGAGGUCUGCCAGGACCCAAAGGAGAUGCAGGCAUCAGAGGUCCAUCUGGAGCUCCAGGGUCAAAAGGAACACCUGGCCUUCCAGGUCCGCAGGGACCUCCUGGCCUCCCAGGAGAUAGGGGCCUCCCUGGGCCACCUGGCCCUCCCGGGCCCCCUGGACCUCCAGCCCCUGUGCCUGAACAAGAUGCUGGCCUGAAAAAAGACAGUCUGCUCCAUAACAACUUCCCUGACCUCCAAGUGACCCCUCCACAUGGACCACCAGGUCCACCUGGACCCACAGGGCCUCCAGGACCAAUUGGACCACCAGGCCCUAUCGGACUGACUGGAAAGCCAGGAGCUUCUGGUUUGCAAGGCCCCAUGGGACCAAAAGGAGAAAGAGGAGAAAGAGGACCUCUUGGGUAUCCAGGAGAGAGAGGGUUCAAGGGAGAGCUGGGAGAGCCAGGACCUAAAGGAGAGCCAGGGGAGAAAGGUCUUCCGGACUUUAAUUUGAAGAAGUUCCAAGACUUGCAGGCUGACUUAGAACUGCUGGCUCGCAGGGUGCAGCUGCUGGAGGCGAUCAUCUGGCCAGAACCAGAUCUAGGGUCAGGAGAUGAUCUGUUUGGCACAACGUCUCCAGAUGUCUACCGGAUUAAGAGGGCAAGAAUGUCAUCAUUCCGGGUGAACUCACCCUUAAUCACUGCUGAGACCAAGGUUCGAGGGAAGUAGUCUUCAUAUUCCACAGAGUGAAGCCAUUGUUUCCUCUAGAUUCCAUCAUUUGUAAAUCAGCUGAACUGGCAACACCUAAGCAAGUCCCCUGAAACCAAUCCAAUAACCAACUGUGAUAACUGCGUUGGAAUAUUCCAAUUAAUCAAGAAGGGGGAGACACCUCAGGGAAGACCAAAUGGUGCUGUAUAAAUUAACCACCUCUAAUGGGACCUAAUAGGUUCCUAGCACCUCUCCUCUGGCAAAUUAUUUGCACAAUGGUUUGCCUUCUUGUUGUGUCACUCUUAUGACAUAACCAAAUGUAAAGAAUCAGCCUCAGAAGGAAUUCUUCAAUUCUAAGAUACUCAUUUCACAUAAAAAAGAAAUAAACCUGUUUUAGAAUAUAAAACAUGUAAACUGAAUUGGUGCUUGUACAACUGUCUAAAAAUGUGGGGCAAGAAGGGUACAUAGAGAUGAAGAACAGUUUAGAGUAUCAAUCAAAAUAUUAUUAGUCUUUCCAGCUUCUGUUAAGUGCUCAGAAACUUCAGCAAAUUGUACUGUAUGAGGAAAAUCCACAUAUUCAUUAUAUAUAUAUAUAUAUAUAUAUAUAUAUAUAUAUAUAUAUAUAUAUAUA